GGAAAAAUCAAAAACUACAUCCUUCCGCUGAUAAGGAAAACAAUGAGUUGGGUGACAGAAAAUAAUAUUACUCGAUGUCGCUGUUAGUCGGCUUCGGGUUUAAGAACAAGAAAGGAUAUUUUGAGAGAGUCUGGAUUUGAAUAGCAAUAUUUUAAUCGCAUUUGUUUUGACGGAAUGCUAUGGAUCAUGCAUAGUUUGUGUGCCUGCCUGAAAGGUUGGAUUACUUCAACAGUGGAUGAACCGAUACAGAAUGGGGAAGAAACACCGGGAGGGGAACGUGUGGUUUGGGAGUACCAUACAGUCACGUUGGCAAGGGUAGCUGGCUAUGGAUUUGGUAUAGCUGUAAGCGGAGGUAAGGAUAACCCACAUUUUUCCAGCGGUGAUCCCGCAAUAGCGAUAUCCGAUGUGCUCAAAGCAGGACCUGCUGAAGGAAAACUGCAAAUCAAUGAUAGGCUAGUCAGUGCCAAUGGAAUCUCUCUAGAAAAUGUGGAUUAUACAAGGGCUGUACAAGUAUUAAGAGAAUGUGGCAAUUCUGUAAAUCUGGUCAUUAAGCGUAAAGUAACCUCAACAAACAACUCACUCAACUCACAAGCUGUAAAAGUAACAUUAACAAAAAGCAAAAAGAAGGAUGAUUUUGGCAUCAUCCUUGGCUGUCGAAUAUAUGUAAAAGAAAUUACAAAUCAAUCUAGUAUAGAAAAGGAUGGUGCAGUUCAUGAAGGUGAUAUUAUAUUAAAGAUAAAUAGCAGUAGCACAGACAGUAUGACUCUAAAAGAAGCAAAGAAAUUAAUUGAAAAUACUAAAGAAAAGCUUCAACUAGUAAUCAAAAGGGACUCUAACAAUUCAAUGAAUAAUAAUUCUACUGGUCAGCAGGUUUCUAGCAAUGAUCAUUCAUCAUCACCACUUAAUUCAUUAGAAGCUACUGCUGAACGAUCUCAUUGGAGCAAUCAGAAUUUAUAUGUUCAGCCCCCUACUAGAGGUGACACCAAACCACCACCACCUCUUCCUGAUAGAACUGAGGAAAAAAAUAAUUUAACUAGGUUACAGUCUGGUCGUAACAGAGGGCCUAUAAUGGAUAUCUCUCUAAGUCAGUUGGACCAACCUGCCACUCCAUUGCUAACAGGCCAUGGACAUUCCAGGGCUCCAGUAGGCUUAGAAGAUGAGGAGCCUCUGCAAAGGCCACCACUUCCACGGAUAGAUGAAUUUUCUAAUAGAAGGGACCAGUUUGAUGAUGACCCUCUUGCUAGGAGAAACAAAGCUAUUCAGCCAGAGCCUCGUUUUAUCUCUUUUCAGAAGGAUGGUAGUGUAGGUAUCCGUCUUACUGGUGGCAAUGAAGUUGGAGUAUUUGUAACUGCAGUACAACCUGGUAGUCCUGCCUCUCUUCAAGGUUUACAACCUGGUGAUAAAAUCCUUAAGGUAAAUGACAUGGAUAUGCGAGGUAUGACACGAGAAGAUGCUGUUCUUUAUCUCCUUAAUAUACAAGACUUUGUUAAUCUGAUUGUACAGCACAUGAAGGAAGAGUAUGAUGAAAUUGUUGCGAAUCAGAGAGGAGAUUCAUUUUAUAUAAGGACUCAUUUUUCAUAUGAAGGUUCUGGCAAGGGUGAAAUUGGUUUUCAUGUGGGUGAAGUAUUCCAUGUUAUAGAUACACUACAUAACGGAGUUGUAGGUUCCUGGUUGGUUUACAGGUUAGGUCGAACCAAUCAGGAGAUACAGAAAGGAGUUAUACCAAAUCGCAACAGGGCUGAACAGUGGGCACAAGAACAACAAAAUCAAGCUAAAAAAGAUGCUGCCUCAGAAAGCAGAGGAAGCUUCUUCAAACGGAGGAGUGCUCGUCGAUCCAAAUCCCUCAGCAAAGAUCAUUGGGAGGAUGUUGUUUUUGCAGAUGGGAUAUCCAAGUUUCCAGCCUAUGAAAGAGUUACUCUUAAGCAUCCUGGCUUUAUACGCCCAGUGGUUCUUUUUGGGGCCUUAGCUGAUGUUGCUCGAGACAAGUUAUUAAAAGAUUAUCCAGAUAAAUAUGCUUCUCCCCAGUUAGAUGGCCAUUUGGAUGAUGUGCCCAAAAGUCAAAAAUCAUCAGGCAUAAUUCGUCUAAGUGCAAUCAAAGAAAUAAUUGAAAAGGGGAAACAUGCAAUACUGGACAUCACUCCAAGUGCUGUGGACCGUUUGAACUAUGCUCAGUUUUAUCCCAUAGUAAUAUUUAUGAGAGCUGAAAAUAAACAUACAGUCAAAGAAUUAAGAUCACGUCUUGCAAAAUCCAGUCAUAAGAGCUCAAAGAAACUGUAUGAUCAUGCAGUAAAAUUAGAAAAAUUGUGGUCUCAUAUAUUUACAGCUACAAUCACACUAACUAGUGCAGAUAUGUGGUAUAAAAAAUUACGAGAAACUAUUGAUAAACAACAACAACAAUCUAUAUGGAUUUCAGAAUCAAAACCAGAGGAGGCAAUAUCCGAUGAUUUCUUGUUUCCCAUGACUUCUCGACUUAGUUAUGCUUCAUCUCCUGAAAGUGAUUUAGAGCUUGCAACAGACAGUCGACCGUCAGGGUUGCAAGAAUUAGGACUACCUGGUAGUGACAGGCAUAUGGUCAAAGCAUCCAGUGAUCCAAGUAUUGCUACGCAAGAAGAAAUGUCUGGUCCUCCAGGUUACAAUCAGCUUCCUGGCUACUCAAACUCUCGUUCUCGUCAGCUGCCUUUUGAAUUUCUACAGCAGCAAGAUUCACUACCUCCAGGGUCUGAUGCAAGAGAUUCCAUUAGUACCACUAAAUACAAUCCAGGGGGUGAGACAAUAUCAAAGGCUCGUUCUCCUCUUCAGCCAGAACCACCACCACGAGUGGAUCGAACUAGCAAGCCAACUCAUUAUAGAACUGCUCAAGAAAGAUUGUUUGCGCGUGGCCGCCACUCACUUUUAAUAGAAGCUGGUCGUGAUCAACGAGAGCCUCCAGAUUACAUUAAUACUGGUGCUCAGCCACAUUCACUAGAGAGACCUAAUGGAAGACUGGGAGCAUUUGAUAGCUCAUCAUAUAGUAGUGACUCAUAUAAUCAGUAUUCAUCAAAUCCUAGUGAUAAAAACAGAGGGGAUCCAUACCCUGCAUCAGGUGUGAAUAAUCGUUCAUCUCAUGAUCCUUAUCGAUAUACCAGAAGUACUGCUCAACCACCACCACCAAAAUCAGUAAAUAUGGAACGUGGAAGAGUUCCUCCUCCUAAUAAGUAUAGGCAUCCUGAAGAACGACCAACUCCCCCAUCUCCGCCGCCUAAGCCAGCAAAUUAUCAGCAGAGGAUGACCGAUGGUCGACCUGUCCCACCACCAAAACCUGGCCAUUAUCAGUCUAGACCAUGGCGUCCAGAAGAAGACGUACCACCACCUCAUGGAAAUAUGCGGCCUCCUCAACAUGACUUUUCUUCACCAAAUCACCGCACAUCUGAAGUUAUGCCUCCACCAUAUACUCCAAACCAACGAAGUCGUAAUAGUUUGGACUUCAUGGGUUCUCCACCGUAUUAUACACCAAGAAGUUAUCCGCCAAAUGAUAUGCUUGUAUUACCUCCAAAACACUCCCCACCACCUCCUGUACCUGAUGAUCAGCAUGAUGGCUAUAGAAAUCCACCACUUGGGUCACCAAGUCGUAGACAUUAUAAAUCAGAUGAUAAUGGUGGAUUUGAUUCUGGAAGGGGUAGUAGUUUGGACAGAAAUUAUGAUGUAAGAUCUUACACAAAAGCAAUGGGCAAUCCACCAUCUUGGCCUGCAGUGCAUAUGAAUGGUGGUGGACCAUAUCAUAAUGUGCCUUACAGAGGACCACCAAGAAGAGAUCCUAUAUAUCCACCUCCAUAUGACCAUCACUCUUCUCCUCCACAACCACCUCCAUCAAGUCUAAUAGAUUUAUCCAAUAGGGAAAAUAGAGGAAGUGCAUUUGAAUUGUAUAAAAAACCAGACUCACGUUCAUCUAUGGGACUUCAACCAUUGACUAGUGCAGAUAGACCAAAAUGAAUAGAUUAGAUAAAAAUAAUGAAUUUUAUUUUUUCAUAUAAGGGAUGAAAUUUCUUAAUGGACUUUUGUGCAUUUGAAAUUUCCCCUUUUGCUGAUAUUCAUACUGUACAGAAACAGCUAGAAAUAUGUAAAUAAGACAUGAAAUACAGACCAGCUAUGUUAGUGUACAUAUUAAUCAUGAUCUUUCACAAAAACUGAAUGAAAUAAAUGUUUCAGUGCACACUGUGUUGAUUCAUGUGUAAUAAAAGCAUGUUUUUAAAAUCAAAAUCUUUAAAUGUUGAUAAUGAAUGAUUUAUUUUGUAAUUUUUGAUAGUUUUAAAAUUCAUAAUUUUAGCUAUUUGUCUAAAAUUAUAUAAGAAUAUUAGCAGUGAUAUUGUAGGCCAUGUAUAUUUGAUGAUGCUUUUGUACACAAAAUUUGUUAUGCUUAAGGAAUUAUUUAUUAUGUAAUAUUUUUAUACAUUUUAAAAUAAAAAAUAUGACUUUUAUUAUA